AUUAAUUCAUAGGACUUCCGACCAAACGUUUCCGGUUUUGGAUAAGGAGGAAAGCUGAUAGGAAUGGACGCAGGCCAAAUUGCCCUUCCCAUCAUCGGCAUAGCAGCCGCCGCCGCUGUUGCCUUUUACGCCGUAAGCUUUGCCGAGCUGCGUGAGAAAUCUUUCAAAGAGUUGGAGGAUUCGGAUUCCGAAGCUAAUGGUGGCGGUUUCAUAUCUUCAGCAAGUUCUAGAGAGGUAAGGGCAAGGAGGAAAGCUGAGAAAGAAGCUAAGAGAAGA